AUGCUCUGCUCUGGGGUCUACUCUGCUCUGGGGUAUGCUCUAGGGUCUGCUCUGUGCUCUGUUCUAGGGUCUGCUCUGGGGUCUACUCUGCUCUGGGGGUUUGCACUAGGGUCUGCUCUACAGCCGAGAGGAGAUAAAGAGGAGACCAUGAGGAGACCGAGAGGAGACCGAGAGAGGGACGUUCACUCGGACCGACACGAGACCAGAGAGUGCUGA